AUGUCUAAGUUUGUUUUGUUGUUUUUGGUUCCCAUGUCAAUUAUUUCUAUUAGUAUUGUCGAGGGGAUCCCUUCUGCUUGGAUACAAUACAUAAAAUGUGCCAUUGAUGCAUAUGAAAAUUCCAAUUGGAAUGGAAUUGAAACGCAAUGUAGAAUUCCGACAAGAACGCUUUUUCACAACGAUAUUGAGCAAUCUUCGAAUGUCGUUCACAAUCCUUCGUUGAUUUUUUGGCAUCCACUUGUACAAUAUAAUGCAUAUACUAUCCUUCAUUGUCCCAUUUGUCAAGGUCGACUAAGAAAAUGGCGGUGGAAAGAUGGUUCCUCUGCACGAGACAACCCCAGGAAACUUAUCUGCUUGCAAAAUAAUGUUUUCCUUGUUUCAUGUGUUUAUCUAUGUGAGCAAUUUCAACAUGAAAUUAUUGGUCAUGAUCCUGCACUUCUCAAUUCAUUACGGACCAGAUUUCCCUUUCUACGCAUUCCUUUCGUUCUAUUCCACAAGUCUGGAGUAACAAGAGAAUUAUAUGAGUUCAUUUCAUCAAGCAUCCAGACUGGCAUUCAGCUUAUGGAUAUUGAAAAAAUGAUAAUCCAGCUACACAGCGCAAGACACUACCGUGAAGCUUGUGAAUUUGAAACUUUAAAAACAUUGGAGCAAACUCCUAGUGCACAAGAGUUUCCCGAAUUUUUUCCAGAAAAAGAAGGUAUAAGUAGAAAGCUAAUUUCCAAGAUAUUUCUUCAAAGCUUUUUAGAUGUUGAACACAUGUACAUCCAGCACAUGGCAUCAAUGAACGGAAAAUGGAUUUCAGCUGAUCAUACGUUUAAGGUAUAUAAAUAAUUAGUAUUUAUCACGUUAAUAUGUAGCAUCUGCCACAAGAUAGCAGCUUGUGAAUGCAUGUAAAUUUGACCAAGACGAACAAACAUGCAAUUCAAUUAAAUUGCAAAGAGUACUGAAGAAUUCUCUCACGAUCGAUUAACGGCUAACUGAUGGCCUGCAUCAAUCGUUUUGAUUUUCUUUCACAUGCAGUCAUAAUUUAUGAAUGUUAAAUUUAGUUCAUGAUUGUUAGAGAUAGAUUAUUAUUUUAUAUUUUAUAUUUUUUUAGGUAACAGCUAAUAUUGGCUAUUGGAAACAUGGAAAAUGGAACAAACUGUAUGAUUCCCUGUUUAUCGUUAUGAAUGAAAACAGCAACAUAUUAUCAUGGCAAUUUACCAAAGGUACAUCUAUAGAUAAUGUCACUUGCUUGCUUCGCGCUUUAAAUGCCCGGUUGACUUCUAACGGAAAAGCAAUUGAAGGGAUUAUUGUAGACAACUGCUGUUCUCUUCAGGCAAAAUUAAAAAACAUUUUUGGUGAGAACUCCAUAAUAAAAUUAGAUUUGUUCCACGCCAUUCAGAGAAUUAUUGCACAGAUUCCAAAGCGGCGGGUUAAUGCAGCACUUCGAAAGACACAAAAACUUAUGAUCAAAGAAUUGCGUCUGUGCUUCCGUGCGCAUGACGACAUUGGUCAAAUUCGAAAGCAAGUUACUCCAUCUUCCAAGGAACUUGAAAAAAAUCUUUGUAGUUUCGUGAAGAGAUGGCAGACAGAAACGAUUGACGAUGUUUGCGUCCUUCCCAAAUCAGCCGUAAAUGAGGUUGAAAAAUUACUUAAACAUGUACGGUUGGGCUGUCUUAGCAAUAUCCCAGCAGGCAUUGGAACGAACAGAAACGAACGUCUUCAUCGUAAGUUGAGAAAAUGGAUUAAUAAAAACCGAAUGGGUGUAAGUUAUGCAGUGGCUGUCCUUUUCCUAAUAUUUUACAAUCAUAUGGAACAAAACAAAAAGUGUAGUAAUGGAGCAAAAGGAAGAGAAAGGCAUGUUAUUCCCCCUGUCACCAAAUGGUAUCAAACAUUUCUGAAGAAUGGUGGAAUUGAAACAUCAGAGAAAUUCGGUAUCGGAGUAGGUAAAGUGCGAGAUUUACCGAGUGAUAUUUUGGCAGGCUCUGAAAACUGUAACACAAAUCUUGGAGAAAUCUACUGCACAUCAGAAACUAGUAGCCAUGACGAUUCAGAAUCAGAAUGUGAUACCGAUCAUACCGUUGAUGCAGAAAUGAUGUCAAACGAUGAUGCUAAUAACAUCAUUAGCAGAGCCAAAGUUAUGAUGAAUCUGGCGAAGGAAGUUUUCAAUAAAACACAAGCUCCCAUUAUGUCAUGUCAGUCAAAUUGGUUAGAUCACGCAUCGUCGUCGUUACUUUUCUCACAUCCAGACAGUAGUGUCUUGUGUGAAUACGAUAAAGCUUCAGAAAGAUUAAAUAAUGUUGUCAGUAAUUAUGGUUUUGAAGUGCUGCCCGUUGAUGGUGAUGGGGAUUGUUGCUUCACUUCUGUUGGUUACGGGAUAGAAAAAUUCUUUGAUUUAGAUCCUUCCCCAUUAACAGACCACUUUAAAGUGAUCAAUAUUUACAAAAACCAAGAUGUAUGUGAAAGGGUAGUAUGUUUGCGGGAACUAGUUGUGAUGGAGUGGCUUGGUGAAUAUAGUCAUGAAUAUGAAAUGUUUCUUACUGUUGCCGAUAAAUCUUCAUUUUAUGAAAUGGCACAACAAUUUAUCCAACGAGGGGUUUUUGAUUGCGAGUUAGGUAAUAGCGUGCUUAUGGCUCUCAGCAAUGUUUUAAAAUGUCCAGUAGUUAUUUUCACUUUGAUCGAGACCUACCCAAUCAUACCUCUGAUUCCUAGACAGGCUCCUUUAUCGGCAAUUCCUAUUUAUGUUGCCUUUAACCAAAGUGGUAAAGGUCACUAUGAUGCGAUUGCGUCGCAGAUACAAUGUGAUGCUGGAGUUGAAAAUAAGAGCCAGUCAAUUGUAACAUCCUGUAGAUGUGGUCGAGGAAGUAAUAAAGAGACCGGGAAAAGCAUUUGUUCUGAUUACAGUUCUCGAUGUAAAUGUUUUCAGAGAAUACAAGGUUGCAGCGACAAAUGCGGAUGCAAGAAUUGUAAUACCCUUAUGGAAAAAGAGUGGCUAACGAAACUAAAACGAUUAGCAGAAAGCGAAGAAAACACAACAACACCCCCAAAACCUCCGGUGACUUAUUUGCAGAUCAUGGCGAAGAGUUUCCUCGCAACUUGUGGAAUGAUUAUGAUCAUUUCAUUUUGCAACAAAUAG